AUGGCUUCUUCUUCGCACAACCAACCACGAUUUUCUUACAAAAUCACCAUUUUUCUUAUCGUGUUCACAUCAUUACAGUUAUCGAGCUCAACCCCAUCAAAAUCCUGCUUAACCCCUAGCUCUUCCAAAGUUAUAAUCGCCGGAAACUCCACUAUUCUUAGCGAGAACAGAACUUUUGUACUCGGAUUCUUCAACACGAGCGAAGAAUCGAAAUGGUAUUUGGGGAUUUGGUACGCUUCAAUCCCUACUCCCACCUAUGUUUGGGUGGCGAACCGUGAAACGCCGUUGAGUAGCCGGGAUGCGUCGUCUCUUGAGAUCGACGGUGGGAAGUUGACGGUGAAGGAUAAUCGAGAUUCACGAUGCGACGUCGUUUGGGAAAGUGCAGAUGGAGAUUUCGAAGGUGAAGGAGAUGUGAAGCUUCAAGAAGAUGGGGAUUUGGUUCUUAUGGAUGCUCGUGGGGUGGUUAGAUGGCGGAGCUUUGAUUUUCCGGCGGACACGUUUUUGCCGGGGAUGAAUUUGACGGUCGGUCAAACGUUGACUUGUUGGAAAAGCUCAAACGAUCCGGCACCGGGGAAGUAUUCGUUGCGGUUGAGACCGCCGGAUUACGGCGAGGUUGAGCUUUUGGCCGAUAACAAUCGAAUGUAUUGGAGUAGCGGCAACUGGACGGGGAAUAUUUUCUCCGGUGUACCGGAGAUGACUCUUCCGUACAUAUAUAAAUUCUAUUUCACAAAUCCUUUCACCGAAACGGCGACAUUUGGGUACACAGAAACAAUGACCCAACAAAAACCGCUCACACGAUUCAACAUCGAUUCCUCCGGCAAAAUCAAACAAUACACAUGGUCGCCACAGACAGAAUUUUGGAACAUGUUUUGGUCGGAACCAGAUAACCCGUGUAGGGUUUAUGGGUUAUGUGGGGAUUUAGGGUUUUGUAACGCUAAAUCAAUGGUGAAUCCGUGUAAAUGCUUUGACGGGUUUCAACCAUUGGAUGGUGUUGGGUGGGGCGCCGGAGAUUUUUCCGCUGGUUGUCGAAGGGUCGGCGAUGAUGCUUGUAGCAACGACGAUAAGUUUGAAGAAAUUGGCGACAUCACAUUUGAUCCAGAAAAAAUCGAAGCACUUUCAGGUAGCAGAAGCGAUUGUGAACGAAAGUGUUUGAGUAAUUGUUCAUGUAUCGCUUUGUCACACAAUCCGAAAACUAAUUCCUGCAAGAAUUAUUUUGGGAAACUUCUGAAUCUCGGAAAUUCGAGUUCUGAUUUGGGUAUAAUCCAAGAUUCAUUGAAUAUUCGAGUUCAUAAAGGCGUCAUCAGAAAGAAGAUCGGCGUGAAAGCGGUUAUUCUAGUAACCACAAUCACCUCUUUCCUGGCAAUUGCAUCAAUCGCAAUCAUCAUUUUGAUAAUUCUACGGAAGAAGAUGAUUAAAAGAAAAAAACUAGAAGAAGAAUCCGUCUUUCCCGUAACGAACUUGAAGGUGUUCACAUAUAAAGAGCUCCACGCCGCCACCAAUGGCUUCUCAGAGCAGCUUGGUCACGGCGGAUUUGGGGCAGUAUUUAGCGGGAAAGUAGACUCCACCCUGGUGGCGGUGAAGCGACUGGAACGACCAGGUGGCGGUGAAAAAGAGUUCCGUGCAGAGGUGUGUACAAUCGGUAACAUCCAACAUGUUAAUCUCGUUAGAUUGAUAGGCUUCUGCUCUGAAGAAUCACAUAGGCUUCUUGUAUACGAUUACAUGCCAAAUGGUCCGUUGAGUUCUUAUCUGAAAAACAAUGGCCGGACUCUUGACUGGGAAGCUAGAUUCAGAAUUGCAAUCGGAACUGCAAGAGGGAUUGCUUAUCUACAUGAAGAAUGUAGAAAUUGUAUCAUACAUUGUGAUAUUAAACCGGAAAAUAUUUUGCUCGAUAAAGAUUUUUCUGCCAAAGUGUCAGAUUUUGGUUUAGCAAAAUUAAUUGGUCGAGAUUUCAGUCGCGUUUUGGCGACCAUGAGAGGCACAUGGGGAUAUGUCGCGCCGGAGUGGAUCUCCGGUGUGGCUAUAACCACCAAAGCUGACGUGUAUAGUUACGGGAUGACUUUAUUGGAGAUAUUAGGUGGUCGCCGGAAUGUUGAGGGGCCACCACCGGAAGGUGGUGGUGGUGGUGAAAGUGGGAGUAAUGAGAAGUGGUUUUUUCCGCCAUGGGCGGCAAGGAGGAUAACGGAGGGGGAUGUGGCGGCGGUUGUGGAUGAGCGACUCGCCGGAGAGUAUGACGUGGAGGAGGUAGAGCGAGUGGGGUUGGUGGCGGUUUGGUGUAUACAAGAUGAAGAGGCGACAAGACCGACGAUGGGAAUGGUGGUGAAGAUGUUGGAAGGGGUGGUGGAGGUGGCGGUCCCACCGCCUCCGAAGCUUCUUCAGGCGUUGGUUUCCGGCGAGUCGUUCCGGGGAGUUGGCGGCAAUAGUCAAAACGAUACGAUUUCUCGCGCCUCCGAUGACGAGUCACUUUCCGGUAUGAGGUAA